AUGAAAGACGAGACCGUGGCUGGAGGCAGCUUCGAGAAGGGUGACCUCACCGAAGCUGUUCAGGCGCUGACUCGAGAGGGCAACGAACAUACCGGCAUGACUUCUACUGCGAUGCUUUCAGCUUCUCUCUCCCGUCACUACGAAGGAAACUCUUGGAUUCCCGAGCGAGAUCACAGAACGGAAGGCUGGUUUCUGGUAGGAAGCCCAGUGGGCAUGCUGAUCAUCAGCGCGGCUUACUUGUACUUUGUAAAGGUCGCGGGGCCCUGGUGCAUGGCGCGGCGCAAGCCACUUGCUCUCACGCAUUUUCUGCUGGUAUACAACGUGGCCGCGGCUAUGCUCAGUGCGUUCUUCGGGUGCCGAUUCAUCAAGCUCGGGUACUGGGACUGUGGAUACCACAUCCUUCAAGAUGUGGACCUGAGUCAGCGCCGUUGCAGCCUCGAGAUUCUGCGCUUGUCAUGGUGGUUCCUUGUUUUCAGGGUGUUCGAGAUGAGCGACACCGUGCUCUUUGUGCUCAGGAAGAAGACUGACCAGGUAAGCGUGUACAUUGCUGAUUUGGGGCUGUUGCUGUCCGCAGAGAAGUACCAUCAAAAAUGCUUACGCAGUGCGCAGCUAAUUGUGAGCGGUUUACACGUGUUUCACCACCUGAUCAUCCCUUGGGGCAUGUGGCUGAACAUGAACUACGCUCUUCAACCGAUAUCCAUGUUUGGCACAUGCCUCAACUGCUUCGUUCAUGUUGUAAUGUACACAUAUUACUUUUUGGCCGCUCUUGGGGCGCGCUACCGAAAGUUUCUUUGGUGGAAGAAGCACCUCACGACACUGCAGAUGGCACAGUUCAUCGCGAACAUUGCUUUCUGCCUGUGCAUGCUGUGUUCCACGGGUGACUACGCAAAAUUAUUUGUCAGUAUUGGCACCGUUCAGUGUAUAAUAUUUUUCGCCUGGUUCUUGUCGUUUUAUAUAAAGGUGUACAAAAAGUAUUGCGCUUGUCGGCUCUAA